CAGUCUGCGCAGGGAACAGGAAGAGAGCGAGAGAGUAUGAGUGUGCGUGUGUGUGUGUGAGGACGGGAGCUUGCUGUACUGUACUAGGGACUGAGGGCAGCCAUGGGGAAUUCACAGAAGAAGGCCCCCGGUCACGGAGAGGGAGGGGGCCCGCACUCUCAACCUGGGACCCCGGGGCACAAGAGGAGCCAUGGAAACAACACAGCCAACUCAAAGGAAGUCCAAGGGAAGAGCCCGGCAGUCAAUGGCACCCUUCCAGCCGGCAAGAGCCAGGAUGAGCCUCAGGGCUCUGGUCCGGCGCACAGUGGCACUACCGGGGCGAGCUGUAAUCUGGACGCCCCGUGUGGGGCCCUUCCUCCUCCACUGGCCAGGCUCAAAAAUGAGGGCAAUAUGUUGUUCAAAAAUGGACAGUUUGGGGACGCGCUGGAGAAAUACACACAGGCCAUCGACGGAUGUAUAGAAGCUGGUAUCGACAGCCCAGAGGAUCUUUGUAUUCUGUACUCCAAUAGAGCUGCUUGCUACCUCAAAGAUGGAAGCAGCGCAGACUGCAUUCAGGACUGCACCAGGGCUCUGGAGCUCCGCCCCUUCUCGCUGAAGCCCCUCCUCCGGCGGGCGAUGGCGUAUGAGACUCUGGAGCGCUACAGUAAAGCCUAUGCGGAUUACAAGACAGUCCUGCAGAUAGACAUCAGCGUGCAGGCGGCUCACGACAGUGUGCACAGAAUCACUAAAAUGCUGAUCGAGCAGGACGGUCCUGACUGGCGAGAGAAGCUUCCAGAGAUUCCAAAGGUUCCUCUUUCUGCCCAGCAGCACCGUAAAGAUGAGCCCAGUGCAGAGGUUCUGCAGGCCCGCGCAGCCAGAGCAGAGCAGGAGAAGGCCAGAAAAGCAGAGGCUCGAUUCACAUUGCUGAAACAAGAAGGAAAUGACGCGGUGAAGAACGGCCAGUUUCAAGGUGCUGUGGACAAAUACAGCGAAUGUCUGGCCAUCAAACCUAAUGAAUGUGCCAUCUACACCAACAGAGCGCUGUGCUAUCUCAAGCUGGAAGGUUUCGCAGAAGCCAAACAGGACUGUGAUUCUGCGCUUCAGAUCGAGCCAAACAAUAAGAAAGCAUUUUACAGACGAGCACUAGCACACAAAGGCUUGAAGGACUACCUGUCAGCCAGCACUGAUUUACAGGAAGUGCUGCAGUUGGAUCUGAACGUGCAGGAGGCCGAGCAGGAGCUGGAGACAGUGACUAGCCUGUUAAGAGAGAGUCUGCUGGCUAAUUCUCAAGGUUGACAUCGAGGCAAUAAAGGUUGAAAUGAACAGAGAGCUACAGGAAGAACAGACCCUCCUUCAUUAAAGCCUGACACGGCAGAUCCAGCGAGCCUGAGAAUUCCAGCUCACGGGUCCCACAGUCCCGCCACGAGGGUCCAUUCAUCCUUAGACUGUCAUGCGCCGCAACUAAAGUUUCCCUUCCAGCAAACACUCAUCUCACCUUCUUCUAGGAAUAUUGUCUGAUAAUGCCGACAAUGCAAAGCAUGCAAACGGUUCAUACUCUGUAACUCUGGCUUCAGUAGGCACGUGUGAGCAUGGCACGGCUGGGAAGCGUGAAACAAAUGGGAUUCUCGGCUUAUGAUGGGACGGUUGUCGUGUGUAUAAGAGAGAUGUGCCUUUUAAAAGAAGCUGUGGCUCACAUAUGGAGUGAUUUAACACUCUCAGACAAAAUUGUAUAGGGAUUUAAUUUGCUACAUUUAAAUAUCUAAUUUCUCAGGAUUUAAUAUAUUUUUAAUAGCUAUUCCAUUGUGUUGUGUAAUAUAUGCAUACAUGUAGCUCAUGUAGUGUAAUUUAUUUGGACAUCUAGCCUUCAGCCCAACCAUUGUCUCAAUAUGCAUAGAUAAAACACAAGAUCCCACAACAAGGUAUGAAUGUGCAAUAACAUUAGAUGCAGUUUUUCUUUGGGAUGUCAGCAAAAGAAAUAUGUUUCAGAUAAAUACAUUUGCAUCAGCUAAAUAAAUUACUAGAUGAAAUAUUUUUGCCUUUCGACAUGAUUGGUUUAGAAAUUAUAUAACAAUUGUUUUAUAAUUGCAAAACCACUGGAAAUAUAAAGCUAAAAUAGCAACACCAAUGAUUUUAGAUAAUACAUCCAAAUGAUUUGAAUGUACACUACUGUUCAAAGUUUGGGGUCAGUAGUUUU